UCAGUAGUGAUCGGUUGUUACUUCUGAUUCAGAGAAAACAAUUUGCAAUCAUUGAGGGUUUCAACCAAAUCAACUCUUGCCUCACAGAGACUAUGGCAAUGUUUCGAAGGAGUGUUCGUCUGCAGGAAGCAGGGUAUUACAUGGAGGAAGGAAGAAAAACUAUUUCCUACAAAGAAGUCCUACCCAGGAUCUUUCGGAGGAGGAAUGGUCAUCGCCAUGGACGGCAUCGCCAUGGACAGCAUCACAUGGACGCUCCAGAUAACCAGGAGUCCAAUGACAGAGAUGAGUCCACUGACAGAGAUGAGUCCACUGACAGAGAUAAGUCCAAUCAGACCAAACGCACUUGGACCACUGGAACAGUGAUUAUCAUGCAUUUUUUAUGGCUGCUCUUUCUGGCUGCUGUCUUUGUAAUGCAACACAUGCAAAUAACAGAGCUCAAGCAGGAGGUGCAACUACUAAAACAAAGGAUGGACACUUCUUCCCCUGUGAUAGACAGAGUGUCAAACUUUGCAUUAGAAUCACAAGGUGCAAGAGUUUUAUGCCAUUUGUCAUCCGACAUGUAUUGGCCGAAAGGAUCUGGAAUAUGGGAUGAAAUAUUCUCUUGGUGGUGGUCAUUGAAAGCCCAGAGAAUAGUUAUACAGGGACAUUCUUCACUACGUCCAGGAGAAUGCUGGUCUUUUUCAGGCGAAAAAGGACAUUUAGUUGUGUCCCUGUCUCACCCAGUCUCCAUAACACAAGUGACACUCGGCCACAUCACCAGAAGCCAGUCUCCAUGCGGACAGAUCGCAAGUGCACCAAGGGAAUUUUCAAUCUAUGGGAUGAGGACACAGGAUGAAAUAGGCACCUACUUGGGAACAAUGGUUUAUGAUCAAGACGGCCCAGCAUUUCAGACCUUCAACCUGCCUAAUCCAGACAGAGGAAUCUUCAGAUAUGUGAAGCUGCAAAUUGAAAACAACUGGGGUAACAUGGAUUACACAUGCGUGUACAAUUUCAGAGUUCAUGGUGAGGUAAGUGAGUAGAAUAAGUAGAUCAAUCUCAAAACAUCAGGAUUAGGUAAAUUAACUGUUAGUAUCUUUAUACAGUCAUGG